AUGAUGGAAGUAAAAGAAUUACUUCUUUUAAUUGACCAAAUAAGAGCUAAAUAUCCAGAUAAAGAAGAUAUUUCUUCUUUAGAUAUACUUAAAUAUGUACAGGAAUUAAAUGCUGAUGGAGCUUUUGGGGGAAAUUGGUCACAUCGAACUUUUAGUCUUUGGCUGUUACAACACCAAAGAAGAAAUACUUUGGCAUUUACUCCUCAAAGUUUUGAGGCGCUUAAAUUUGCUGAUGAAAUGGAUCAAGAAGAAGAACAAUUACUAAAUUCUACAGUUAAUGCUCUAUUAAUAAAUUGGCGCCGACAAAGAAAGCGUGGGGAACAAAAUACAUUUAUUCCCCUUUUGCCAUUUGGAGUUUGA